GACAAAUUGCCCUCAUCAUUAUCUCUGGGCUUGUCAAUCAAAUAUAUUCCCUUAUUUACCUCAGCGAGGAGAGAGCCCCGGGAGCACACGGAGAGGGAGGGAGCGAGAGGAGAGCUGCUUGCCCCAAACUCCGCACUGGGAGGGAGCAUUUCCAGCCCCUCAGGAUGGCCACCAUCACCUGCAACCGCUUCACUGAGGAGUACCAGCUCUUUGAGGAACUGGGCAAGGGCGCUUUCUCCAUCGUGCGGAGAUGCGUGAAGGUGCUGGCAGGACAGGAGUACGCGGCCAAGAUCAUCAACACCAAGAAGCUCUCUGCUCGAGAUCACCAGAAGCUGGAGCGAGAAGCCCGGAUCUGCCGUCUCCUGAAGCACCCCAACAUUGUGAGGCUCCACGACAGCAUCUCUGAAGAGGGCCACCACUACCUGAUAUUUGACCUGGUCACCGGCGGGGAGCUCUUUGAGGACAUUGUGGCCAGGGAGUACUACAGCGAAGCAGAUGCCAGCCACUGCAUCCAGCAGAUCCUGGAGGCCGUCCUGCACUGCCACCAGAUGGGGGUGGUUCACCGGGAUCUGAAGCCCGAGAACCUGCUCUUGGCAUCCAAGCUGAAGGGGGCUGCUGUCAAGCUGGCUGACUUUGGCCUCGCCAUCGAGGUGGAGGGCGACCAGCAAGCAUGGUUUGGUUUCGCCGGCACCCCGGGAUAUCUGUCCCCCGAGGUGCUCCGGAAGGAUCCCUAUGGCAAAGCCGUGGAUCUGUGGGCUUGUGGUGUCAUCCUCUACAUCCUGCUGGUUGGGUACCCACCCUUUUGGGAUGAAGACCAACACCGACUCUACCAGCAGAUCAAGGCUGGGGCUUACGAUUUCCCCUCCCCUGAAUGGGACACGGUCACUCCUGAAGCAAAAGAUCUCAUCAACAAGAUGUUGACCAUAAACCCCUCCAAGCGCAUCACGGCCGCCGAGGCCCUGAAGCACCCCUGGAUAUCGCACCGUGCCACCGUGGCCUCAUGCAUGCACAGGCAGGAGACUGUGGACUGUCUGAAGAAGUUCAAUGCCCGCAGGAAGCUGAAGGGAGCCAUCCUCACCACCAUGCUGGCCACCAGGAACUUCUCCGGAGGCAAAAGUGGUGGCAACAAGAAGAAUGACGGCGUGAAGAAAAGAAAGUCCAGUUCCAGCGUUCAGUUAAUGGAAUCGUCGGAGAGCACCAACACCACCAUUGAGGAUGAAGACACCAAAGUACGGAAGCAAGAGAUCAUUAAAGUCACAGAGCAGCUGAUUGAAGCAAUAAGCAAUGGCGACUUUGAGUCCUACACGAAGAUGUGUGACCCUGGAAUGACUGCUUUUGAGCCUGAGGCUCUGGGCAACCUUGUGGAAGGCCUGGAUUUCCACCGAUUCUACUUUGAAAACCUGUGGUCCCGGAACAGCAAACCCGUGCACACGACGAUCCUGAACCCUCACAUCCACCUGAUGGGGGACGAGUCUGCCUGCAUCGCCUACAUCCGCAUCACGCAGUAUGUGGACUCUGGAGGGAUCCCCCGCACUGCCCAGUCCGAGGAGACCCGCAUCUGGCACCGCCGGGAUGGCAAAUGGCAGAUUGUGCAUUUCCACAGAUCCGGCGCGCCCUCGGUCCUACCGCAGUAAUCCCUCUGAAGUGUGGCCCUGCCCGUGCUGGGUUUGUCACUGACUGACUACCAAGGGGAGACCCCCUCCGACAUGUUCACCUACGGGACUUUGGCUGUUGGCUCUGCUGCUUGGUUCCCGCUGGAAUAACCCCUCGCUUCUCACCGCACACACACGACAGCCCCGCCAGUGCAGCACAAGCAUCCAUCAACCCCCACCCUGCCAGGGUCAUGGCACUGGGCCCCCUCCUCUGCAUGAACCAGAACAAGAGAAACCAUCAACUCAAACCCAAGCAUCUGGCUGUGUACAGGCCCCCCUCAUCGACUGCACAGCGUUGGUGGCCUCCUCACUCAGCACAUCUCCUGAACUGGGCUCAGGCUCAUCAUCCACCUCCAUCCCCACCCCUGCUGGAAGCCCUCCGAGGAAAGGGGGGCAGUUUUGAGCCGCUCUCUGCUGCAUCCUCCCUGUGUGCUGGUGGAUUUUGCUUUGCUGCUAUCAAGGUCCCUGUCUGCUGCCAUGACUCCUGCCUGCUCCCAACCCGAGUUCCUGCUUCCCAGCAGCCUCGUCCAGGGAACUGCAACUCAAUCCAUUUGCCAAGUCCAUUUUUCAUGCGUACCUGUGCAAGGAGGGCCGUGUUUGGAUGGGUGAGUAAAGACUAUCUGUUCAUUUUCUCUUCCCAGCAUAGGCUGGCUCCUUCCCAGGAGAGCAAGUAGGUUUGCACCCUGGUUCCAGGGCAACUGAUGUGCCAAGAAGGAUGCUCUCCCUUCUUCCUCCCUUCUCCCUUUGGAGCAGAGACUGGCGAUGCUGGGAGAAGAGAGGAGGAGAAUGACAACUGCUUCCCAUCAGCACAGACGGGAGCUGGGGCUCUCCCAUCCAUGUCUGGGCGGCAGCAUUGCCCCUGCAGCCUCCUCCUCACCCACCACCCAGCCUGGAUCCUUUACCCCAGCACCCACCCCUGCUCCCCACACACAGCACUGGCGUUCCCUUGCUCCCAGCUCCCAGGAUGGGAUGGGGGCAGCCGAGCUGGCUGCUGGCUCGGGGCACCAACCUCCAUGGCCCCCGUGACUCCUUCCAGCGACAACAAGGAAUGCAAGCUUUGGUGACAAACUGCAGAAUCUGAUUGUGCUUCAACGACAACAAACGAGCCUUUCGCUGUCUUCUCCUUUGAGCGCAUGCCUUUUUAUAGGGAAAACAAACCAACCUACCGUGUAUUUCGUAACUUGAUUUUGAGUAUUUGCUGAAAUGGAUCUUUAUGUAAUAACUAGAAACAUUCAACUGUUUAAGUGGGGCGGGAGGGGGGAUUUUCGGGGGUUGCUGUUUUUUCAGUGCGUUUACAUUUGAAGUGGGGUUGUUCUGCCACGAUGCUCCUGCCAGGGGUCCCACAGCUGCCAGCCCCCUCCUCUCACACCGUGGUGGCUUGUCCCAUUCUGUCCUGCAGCGUUGGGUGGCAAAGGCACCCAUCUCCAGGAGCCCCCUUCUCCAGGGGCCCCCAUCUUCAGGGGCCCCCAUCUCCAGGAGCCCUCAUCUCCAGGGGCACCCACAUCACCGUGGCACCUUCCUGCACCCCAUGGGUCUUCCUGCAGGGCAAACCACAGUGGUGGCUUUGGGAGUGCCACCAACAUGUGGCUUUCAGGACAGAAAACAUGGCCGAGAAGGGGAACGUUGGUCUCGCCUCUUUGCCAUCAGGUAGAGGUCUGAGGGUGGGUGUUCUUCUGGCAAUUCUUCCAUUUCACAUUCUCUUUUUCCUGAUUGGAGCCUCUUCACUCACUGGUGUGAGGCUCCUGCAGCACUGCUGCCCCGGGGUACUUUCUAGCUCCACUCUCUUUGUCUGCAUGGUGUUUAACUUUCUAGACGGUGCGUGUGUUGAAAAACAAAGAAACGAACAAAAACUGCUUGUUUUGGAUCUAAAAAAAAAUAGGAAAAAGGAAAAAAAAAGGAAAAAAAUAGAGGAAAUUAUUCCUCCAUGUAAAUUCUGAGUGUGUAUUUUGCCUUUUCUGUGGUUUUGAAUGCUUUGCUCUCUGUUGAGGCAGGGACAGCCACCAUGCCAAACGCAGCUGCGUCCUUGCAGACUGCAAAAAUGUUUUCCCACUGGAUGGAGGGGAAGAAAUCUAAACUGCUGGGGCACGGACAGGCCCUGAGAAGUGUUUUGGUGUGUUCCUCUGUGCCAGCAGUGUGAUGGCUGCUGGUGAUGUUUGUAGGAGAUGCCUUUUUGGGGGCAAAUCACAGAGCUGAUCCAUGGGUGCCCAUGGGGUUCCCCAUGCCUUUGUGCACCAUAGGCUUGCAAGAGUUCCCCAGAGCAGGGAAAUCCAUGCAGGGAAAGGAUUAACUUUUAAGGUAGAGUUUGGGUGUUUUUACAGAUCUGUUUUUCUUCCUGUAGUCAUGUAGUGCUGAAGUUUUUUUUUUUAAUUUUUAAAGGAAGGACUCAGCUCUUUCACAGUUCUCUCUCUCCCUCUCCAGAGCUGGCUCUGAAGCCAGCCGUGGGUCAGUGUCAUCCACCUUCUGAUGUCCAAGCUCUCCAGGUGUCAAGAGGAUUUUUGGGAAUUGGUAUAAGGUGGAUGAUGAUGGAGGACAUCAUAUCAGGGCUCUGCAUGGGGGCUGAAGGGCAGAUGCCAUCACAGCCUGGUUUUGAAGCUGCUGAUAGCUGUGGACAUUGGGUGGGCUGUGAGGGUCAAGCUGCUCCAGCAGCUGCUACUGAGAAAGGACUGGGGGUCUGGUGGGAUUCCCUGGGAAUAACAGAUGAGAUGCUGGGGUAGAUACAAGCUUCUUUCACUGAGAACCCACAGUCACUUCUAGGGAGAAGCAUCUUGGCUCCCAGGAAGGCUUUGAGGUGUCUUUUUGGAGGGAGUUUCUCCUCCUUGAUAUUUCCCUAAGAUUAUCUCCUCAGGAAGCAGCUGGAUGUCCUUGCAACACUCCUUUGCAAGGGAAGCAGAGUCUGAAGUUUAAACUCAUUCUAGUCUUCCAGGCAAGCUGCAGCCUGACCAAGGAAGACCCAACUUCCCAACAUGCCCUUGCUGGCAGCAUUAAGCACCUGCACUUUAGGGGUCUGUCCUGCCUGGUGUCUCUGCCCCACCUUGCCCUGCUUCUCCAGAGUGGGUUCCUGUAUCUCCAGAGCAUCUCAGCAAGCACUCAUGGACCUCCACCUUUUCUUUCAGUAUCCAUGGAAAGCAUCUAUUUCUGUCUUCCUUCCCAUUUGCUGAUUUCUCCUAAACUUGCAGGAAAGCUAUAUAAAUAAGUUUCCACCAUCCUUCUUUGGCUGGAAGAGCCAGGGAUGCUGCUGUUAUAUCUCUACUUUUAAGCUGUUGACACUGUCCCUGACACAUGCAAAUGGGCAUUGCCCCAACAACCCCACCACGGUUCUGGGAAUGACAACGUCCAGGGAUGUUCCUAAUAAGCAGCAUGGACAGGGACACCUUGCUGGGAUGGAGUUUACCACCAUGGACCUCCCGUCCCAUUGGCCUCAAGGCUGGAGAUCAGGCUAUGGCACAUUUCAUUUCCUGGCACAGACAGAACUCCUCUCCUCUGGUCUCCAGGUGCCUGGGUCAAACCAAACUCGGAAGUCCUCCAAACUCAUCCUCUCUUCCUCCUCUCCCAGACCACAGGGGAUGUCUAACUGGAGGCACUUGCUGUAGAGGUGUCGAGCUCCCAGCUCCACAGGUGGGUUUGGGAGCUGCCUGUUUUCCCUUCCUGCCUGCCAGGAUCCACUGGCAACAUCAUCAUUUCUCACAUCUUGCUGAUGCAGCCCCUCUGGAAGACAAAGAGGCCUCUGCUCUUUGCUGGAGGAGCAGGCACCCUCCUCCUCACCCCAGCCAGGCACUGCUGGGAGAGUUGUCUUUCCCCUCAAACCCGCAUGAAAUGCCCCUUCUGCCAGGCACUAAAUCCUUGUCUGACCCACAACCUGCCUCUCCUCCCAUGGAUGCCCCAUGGAUCUCCGGAAGCUGGAGCAGGCAGCAGUCAUCUCCUCCCACCUGGAGCUCCCGGUGAGCUCUGCAGCCUGUGGUGGGAUUGCAGUGCUGUGUGUGAGGGGCAGCCACACAGCCCCAUGGACCAAGAGUGUCUGCCAGCAGGAGAUCACAUCCUCUGAUCACCCCAGGAGACAGACUGACCCUUCUUCCCCACCACAGGAUGGGUUGUGGUGUACCCCACGCUCUUGAUGCUGCACAGAUCCUCCAGCCAGGAGACCUCAGCCUUGCCCGUGUCCCAAGGUGCAGGUCCCAUCCGUGUCAGACAGGGAAACCCAGGUGUGAGCAGGCUGUGGGGACACCAGAGCAGGGGCUGGUGGCCACUCUGCCACCAGCUUGAUCUGAAUCUCCUUCCCUCCUGCAGGUCAUCAACAGGGAGUGGGAGAGAGGGAGCAGUGGAGGGGACUGUAUCGAGUGGCUCCUUCCUUCUUUGGAUUGUUGUCCCUUUUUUCUAAUUGUUGCACAAUUUUAGGGCUUUUGUAACAUUUUUUGGACAAGCAGGGAAAAUAUGUUAACAGUGGUUUAAGGAAAGAAAAUGAGAUCUAUCUCUCUUAUAUAUUAUAUAUAUAUAAAAAAUAUAUAUAUACUUACAGGAAAUCUCUAUGGAAAUAUUUAUUUAAGAUGAUUGCAAAAAAUAUAUUAUAAUUCAGAGUAUACCGAGCUUUGUCACAUAACAAAAAUCAAGCCCCGGGGAGGGGUAGCUGCCUGUCCCCUCGUGUCUGUUUGUCCGUACGGUUGCAGCUGAAGCCUUUCUCUUCUCUUUUUGUAAGUGCACUCGAACUGUUGAGCAGUGUGACCGUGUUGGAUUCAGUGGGAACUCGGGGCAGGGUGGGGGGGUGUGGGGGAGGAUUGAUUUUGUUUCCUUUUCCUUUGUCUUUUCUGAACCUGCGGCUGUGAACA